AUGCAUGUUCAGUUCAGCUGUACAUUUAGAGCUAGAGCAGAUAAAGAGCUGAAACGACUAUUCGCUGCAGGAUCCCGCACAUUACGAGAAUUAUCAACCUUGAUCGCUCAAGAUGGCACGAACUGGAAAUUCAAUCCGCCUGGAGCUCCACAUUUUGGAGGAAAAUGGGAAGCCGCUGUGAAAUCUAUCAAAUUUCACCUUCGAAGAACAAUCGGAGACUCGCUGUUGACGCUUGAGCAAUAUUCAACGCUACUGGCUCAAAUUGAAGCCAUAUUGAAUUCCAGACCGCUCACACCGCUGAAUGAAGAUCCUGCUGACCUGGCUGUACUGACUUCAGGUCACUUCUUAAUCGGACAGUCGCUGACCGCUAUCCCAGAGCCAUCGCUGACAGAUUCACAACCUGCUCGGCUCUCGCACUGGGAACAAGUCCAGCAAAUAGUUCAACAUUUCUGGAAACGCUACUACCAGGACUGCAUCCACCGCUACCAGGCCAUUUCAAAGUGGCAUCAUCGACGCAACCAGAUCAAGGUGGGUUCAGUUGUAUUGAUCACCACUGAGGAUCUCCCGCCAACCAAGUGGCCAUUAGCCAAAGUAAUUGCUGUCCAUCCAGGUGAAGAUGGACAAAUCCGCGUAGUAACUGUUAAGUCAGUUAACACAGAGCUGGUACGUCCAAUUACAAAGCUCUGUGUCCUGCCGCUAACGCAUGAAGAAGAUGAUCUUGUCGACGCAGCCACCAACCCGGGGGAGAAUGUUCGGUGA